UAAACGGAGCGUCUAGAUUUUCUGAGUGCGAGGAAGUUCGGACAGUUGUUGUUCCUAUUAGCAUUUAUUAGGAAGUGACUUAUUCGCAAUGCCUGAGCCGGCGAAAUCUGCUCCCGCGCCCAAGAAGGGCUCGAAGAAAGCGGUGACCAAGACCCAAAAGAAGGGGGACAAGAAGCGGCGCAAGAGCCGGAAGGAGAGCUACUCCAUUUACGUCUACAAGGUACUGAAGCAGGUCCACCCCGACACCGGCAUCUCCUCCAAGGCCAUGAGCAUCAUGAACUCCUUCGUCAACGACAUCUUCGAGCGCAUCGCGGGGGAGGCGUCCCGCCUGGCCCACUACAACAAGCGCUCCACCAUCACCUCGCGGGAGAUCCAGACGGCCGUGCGCCUCCUGCUGCCCGGCGAACUGGCCAAGCACGCCGUGUCGGAAGGCACCAAGGCCGUCACCAAAUACACAAGCUCCAAGUGAGGCGGCUGCGCUGCGCAGAAAGGCGAUUUGAGAAACCCCAAAGGCUCUUUUAAGAGCCAUCCACUUCCCCGUGAAAGAGUUUGAAGUCGCUACUUUGUUCUGUGUCCUCGCUAACUUAAAAACUUGGGUCUGUCUCAGAUAUUCUUCGUUAUUAACAAAAUGCGAAGAUAGGGCUCUUGUUUAAAAAAUAACGUAGCAGAAAUGUACAUACCUAUAGUAUAGGUCGAACUGUUAAUCACUGAAGCUGUACAGCAUGGCAGUGUUUUAUCUUUCCUAACAUUCAACAUACCCUUUUAAAAAAGUAAGAUCUUGUGCUGAAUUUAAAUGCAAAUAAAAUUACAAAAGGGUUUAUGGAUUGACAGCAUGGCUUCCAGAUCUGGUCUUGCAGUUGCUUUUUGAUACAGAUUUUU